AUGACGGUAAUCAGUCACACAAGCCCCAUCAAGCAAGCUGUUUUUCCACACCUGGUUGUUGUACUUUUAGUUAACAGCAUGUUCUUCACCUCCUGGUUCUUCAUUUACAAGGUCUUCUCCACCAAUUACACACAUUAUAUUUACAAGGAGCACUUCAUCUUCUUAGUAGCCUCGUUCUUCGUGGCCUUUGAAGUCCUCUUCCUCCUGAUCUGGGGUGGCAUCUGCAUAUGA